CACACAUACGGCCCCUAUAAGUACCACUAAGCCAUCGUAUUAAGCAAGCACUCCUGCCUCCGUCUUUCUCAUUGCCUUCCACCUGCUUCUAGUCUAUCUACAUCCGGCUUUCACCUCACCUCACCUCACCAUGGGUGGAGCCUCUGAUCUUCCUCCUGGCUUCCACUUCUUCCCCUCCGAUGAGGAGCUCGUCGUCCAUUUCCUCCGACACAAAACCUCCAUUCUCCCAUGCCAGCCAGACAUCGUCCCUACAGUACUUCUGAAUCACCAUGAUCCGUGGGAACUGAAUGGCAAAGCACUUCAAGCAGGUAAUCAAUGGUACUUUUUCAGCCACGCAACGCAAAGUAGGGUCACACCAAACGGGUACUGGAAUCCCAUUUGUGCAGACGAGAUAGUAGGCAGUGACGGCUGUACUGUUGGCCUGAAGAAGACACUCAUCUUCUCCAUUGGAAAGCCCUUUGAUGGAACCAAAACCGACUGGGUCAUGCAUGAGUACCACUUAAUGGAUGGGAGUCACAAGGGGAGUAGCAGUACCACUUCAAGCAGUUCAAGAAAGAGGUCACACAAGGAGAAACGUCACUCAGACAAGGAGUCUAAUAAUUGGGUUAUAUGCCGAGUGUUUGAUUCGAGCUGCGGAUCGCAAGCGAGCUUCCACGAGGAGGGCAUGGAGCUUUCAUGCUUAGAUGAGGUGUUCCUAUCCCUUGACGACUAUGAUGAAGUCAGUUUGCCAAAUAAUAAAAAUACUUAUCAGCAGAACAGAUAGUAGGCCCUGCACCUACGAAACCAUUUGAUUGCGAUCCCGCAGGAAAAGUUACAUUCCAAAAGAUCAAAUGAUUUCAUAGGUGUUGAACCUAAAACACUGCGUCUAGACCACACAUGUAAUUAUUCUCCUCCCAGGAGGCGCAUGAAAUAAACAUGAGUUAGUUUUCCAUAACUAUGGCAUUAGUGUGAACAAUCCCGUCUAUUAUUACAAAGUUACUUAGUUUUCUUGA